UAUUGCGUAACAUUAAUAAUUUUGAAGAUUUGAACAUUAUUAACAGUAACGCCACUGAAUCCGAUUUCUUUAAUGCCGUUUACCCUAUCAUCAGCAUCGUCAUUCGCCGUACUCAUAAUUUACAAUCAAGAAGGUAUGUGUCAGCUUUUAUGUGAAAAGUCUGGAAUUGUAAAUUAUGUUUUUUGUUAGUGGCGAAGGUACUUGUCAAGCUACCAAGGACGCUCUUGCUCUGCUCAAAAAGACAUUCGGGGUACAGAGUACCCAACGAGUAUAUGGCAGAAAAGUAGAUUUGAUGUUUAUUGAUCGGAAGCACAAAGUAGAGCUUUGCUCCUCUGAGUGGAAAAAAAGAGGUGUAUCAUUAGAGACCUUACUUUGUCAACAGACAAAAAACCUUCGUGUCUCAAAAUGCAUUUUUAAGCAAAUCGCCAAAUUAGAUAUCUCGCUCCCUGAAUUACAAUCGCUAUCUAUUGAUAUUAUGGACUGGCGUGGGUUUGAUGGCUACAUUCUGCAGAUGCAAAGAGUUAAUGGUGUAUAUCUGGUCAAUCUUACAGUGCAUCUAUUUUAUAAUGAACAAUUUUCGUAAAAACGGACAUUUUUCAGAAUUUUAAAGCCCGAUUUUUACACUGGUGAUUUUCAUAUACAGUAUCCUAAAUAAAAAUAUCUUUCAAUAAUCU